UUACACAUUUAGUACCCUGCUGUAUGAGAUAAUUUUAAGAUUUGAAGUAAUUUCACCUUUUGUGUUUAGCUAUCUUUCUACCUUGCAAACGCUCUCUGUUAUCUGACUGGAAUUUCGCAAUUUUUUAGAGAUGUUGCCUUUGGUGACAGAUGAAUGCACAUUGUUUUUUUAAUGCAUGGAAAUAACAUAAAUCCAUGAAGAGCAGACCAUCUUCCUUGUAAUAGUAAUAACCCUAUGAAAAACACUGUGGUGGCUACAUAACUUUAAUUAUUGAAGUAAUUUCACCUUUUGUGUUUAGCUAGCUUUCUACCUCGGUUUUUUUUUUAAUGUUCCCUUUGGUGACAUGGAUGCAUGCACAUUGUUUUUAAUGCAUGGAAACAACAUAAAUUCAUGAGGAGCAGGCCAUCUUCUUUGUGACAAACACAGUGGUGGCUAUAUAACUUGAAUUAUUUAAGUUGUAACUCUGUUGAAUUUCAGUUGUAUAAGUUCAUGAUGUUAUAAAUAACAUUUUAAGGUUAAAAAGUUAACUUAAAUGUUAAUUAUUUGUUGUUUAAUAGUAUUUGUUAAAAUGCUUAAAAUGUACAUGUAAGAAUAGGAAGAAAGAGUUAGACAAAUAUUUUGUGAAUUUAUUUUAUUUCUGUCACUUUUGAUGAUGAGCCAAUCACAUUCAAGGUCAAAGAGAAAGGAAGGAAGUGAGUGGAGUGAGCUAACGUGAGGAAACCGUGAGGAGUUGAGAGAGAGCGACGACAAAGAAGCCUGUUGUUUGCGGUACCGUGAAACACCUACUGUUUAGUUAAUUUAUACACAUUCAUUAGUGAAAGUGUUCGACCAGGACUCUUCAAGUAAUUGUAAUUGUGUUAGAGUUAGUCAGUUUGAGUGGAUAACUCAACACAAGAAGGAAAAAAGUUAGCUGCUGACCAAGUGGCUAGUGCUUUUGCAUGGACUUUGCUAACAAGCUAGCGACCAGCAAACUCGACUAGUAAAGCUUGUGGAACUGCGAGAUCGUCAUCUGCUUCUUUUCAGCCUCGUCAAUCGUGUCUUCAUCCACAUGGAUCUUCUCGUAAUCUCUCCUCCACCUUCUGCCGCCUGUGAGUGUGGCUAAAUCAUCAUUGAGUAAAGUUGGAUAUUCCUCAUGGGGGGGAGGAGCUGCGCGUCAUUGGGGAGCGUUCCUGGUGGACGGGCCUGCGCAGAACCAUCUCCAUGCUUGAGCGUGACAAAGCGAGUGCCCGCCACACUGGCCGGUAGCGACUUGCUGUCUGGAUUGUCUACUGGAUUGGGAUGACUCCUCUUUGGUAAAUUUGUGAGGAUGACUGGGUCCAUGCAAAACUUCUUCAGUCUCCUCAAGAAGAAGAGACGUUUCCAGGGCCGCUUUGACCACCUUGUCUGUGUGAGCAGACCAGGAGAGAUCAUCGCUGAUAUGCACUCCGAGGAAUCUGAAGCAGCUGACCCUUUCCUCUUCUUGUUUCAGUAAAGUAAGGUGGUUUUCUGCUAUAACAAAAUAAAAUGUGAUCUUGCCACGGCAGUAUUUAAUGAUUCAUUAGCAUUACGUAUGAGGAUGCUUCGAAAAUACUCUGAAUAACGUCUGACGGUGCUUGUGGCUUCAUAAAAUCGCAAGCAAACAGAAAAGUGUUGUCAGAAGUGGGAUUCGAACCCACGCCUCCAGGGGAGACUGCGACCUGAACGCAGCGCCUUAGACCGCUCGGCCAUCCUGACAUACCACGAAGAACAGCUAUGGUUCUAAAUGACACAAGGCUUCCGAUCUUCAAGCGUUCCAAUAGCCGGAAUGCCAUACUCCCCUCCUCCAAACUUCUCCUGGGUAGAGCCAAGCAAGUUGGCUGGGUUGGCAAUGCCCAGGAUGCCAGCUCACUACCAGUACCUUCUAGACAACGGCAUAAAUCAUUUAGUGUGUCUAUGUGAAAGAAAACCCCCAAAUCAUGACACAUGCCCAGCACUGACACUUCAUCACAUCAAAAUACAUGACUUUUGUGCCCCAACCUUUGAUCAAAUCCACCGGUUCUUGACUAUCGUUGAAGAGGCUAAUGCUAAGGGUGAGGGGGUUGCUGUCCACUGCAUGCACGGUCAUGGGAGGACCGGCACAAUGCUGGCAUGCUAUCUGGUGAAGAUGAGGAAAAUCAGUGGGAUCGACGCUAUUAAUGAGAUCCGUCGAAUCCGUAGUGGCUCCAUAGAAACUAGCGAACAGGAGAAAACUGUGGUGCAGUUUUACCAACAAAUCAAAUGACAUCAUGAAACACAUGAGAUUGGCUCUACUUUGACUGGCUCAGUCAAACAUAUAUACAGUCCUACUUUGAUGUUACUGAUAUUAUUGCACUGCUGUCUUGUACUUACAUAAAGAGACUCCAUCUUAAA